CCCAGAGCCGCCUCCCCCUGCUGCUGGCACCCCGAGCUUCCUCCCUCGCCAGCCAGGACGCUGCCGCCUUGUCGCUGCCCGCUGCUCCGCUGACGAGUCUGCAAAAGUGCAACUAAGUGGAGUUGGCCUCUCUGCCCACCUGUGGAAGAAGCUCGCGCCCAUCGAUGCGCCAUCGACUUUUUUUCCCCUUCUGCCUUGCCGGCGUCCCCUCCCACAGAUGCAGCAUCACCCAGUGAAUGUACAUUAGGGUGGUUUCCCCCCCAGCUUCGGGCUUUGUUUGGGUUUGAUUGUGUUUGGCUCCUCGCUAAAGCUGAUUUAUGCAGCAGAAACCCCACCGGCCUCAGAGAAACAAAAGCUCUUUUCUUUGUCCCGGAGCAGGCAGCGGAGCCCUCGCUCCCGUCGCCGCCCCGAGCCCGCGGCUGCCGAAGGAGGUGUUUCUCGCAGAGACCGCGGGACCUGCCGUGCCGAGCCGGGAGGGCCGCGGGGCCCCUGAGAUGCCGAGGGGCGCCUGGGCCCGCGUACCUGCACCGCUCACUCGGAGCCGCGGGGUCCGCCUGCCGGGCCUGCGGGAAACGUCCUAGCGACACUCGGCCCGCAGGCCCCGAGGUGCGCCCAGGAGGCGCAAGCGCGCGUCCUCCGUCCGGAAAGCAGCCAGGCGGCGGGCGUGGGGCGGGCUGCUUUGCAUUAUGUGCGGCUCGGCCCUGGCUUUUUUUACCUCUGCGCUGGUCUGCCUGCAAAACUGCUGGCGAGGUUCUGCCUCGUUGCUCCGGGCGGCCUGGGUGUUUUCACUUGUUCUUGGACUGGGCCAAGGUGAAGACAACCGAUGUACCUCCUCCAAUGCCGCAUCGUGCACCAAGUGCCUUGCGCUGGGUCCAGAGUGUGGAUGGUGUGUUCAAGAGGAUUUUAUUUCAGGUGGAUCAAGAAGUGAACGCUGUGAUACAGUUUCCAAUUUAAUAAGCAAAGGCUGCUCAGUUGAUUCAAUAGAAUACCCGUCUGUGCAUGUAAUUAUACCAACUGAAAAUGAAAUUAACACCCAGGUGACACCGGGAGAAGUAUCGAUCCAGCUGCGUCCAGGAGCUGAAGCGAAUUUUAUGCUGAAAAUUCAUCCUCUGAAGAAAUAUCCUGUGGAUCUGUAUUAUUUGGUGGAUGUCUCAGCAUCAAUGCACAAUAAUAUAGAAAAAUUAAAUUCUGUUGGAAAUGAUUUAUCUAGAAAAAUGGCAUUUUUCUCCCGUGACUUCCGCCUUGGAUUUGGCUCCUAUGUUGAUAAAACAGUUUCCCCAUACAUCAGCAUUCACCCUGAAAGGAUUCAUAAUCAAUGCAGUGAUUACAAUUUAGACUGCAUGCCUCCCCACGGGUACAUUCACGUGCUGUCUUUGACGGAGAACAUCACAGAGUUUGAGAAAGCAGUUCACAGACAGAAGAUCUCUGGAAACAUAGACACACCAGAAGGAGGCUUCGAUGCCAUGCUUCAGGCGGCCGUCUGUGAGAGUCAUAUUGGAUGGAGAAAGGAAGCCAAAAGAUUGCUGCUGGUGAUGACAGACCAGACAUCUCAUCUUGCUCUUGAUAGCAAAUUGGCAGGCAUAGUGGUGCCCAAUGACGGAAACUGCCAUCUGAAGAACAACGUCUACGUCAAGUCCACGACCAUGGAACAUCCCUCACUAGGCCAACUUUCAGAAAAAUUAAUAGACAACAACAUUAAUGUCAUUUUCGCAGUUCAAGGGAAACAAUUUCAUUGGUAUAAGGACCUUCUACCCCUUUUGCCAGGCACUAUUGCUCGUGAAAUAGAAUCAAAGGCUGCAAAUCUCAAUAAUUUGGUAGUAGAAGCCUAUCAGAAACUCCUUUCAGAAGUGAAAGUCCAGGUGGAAAACCAGGUUCCAGGCGUCUAUUUUAACAUCACCACCAUCUGUCCAGAUGGGACGAGAAAGCCAGGCACAGAGGGAUGUGGAAACGUGACGAGCGAUGAUGAAGUUCUUUUCAACGUAACUGUUACAAUGAAAACAUGCGAUGUCACAGGAGGAAAAAAUUAUGCAAUAAUCAAACCUAUUGGUUUCAAUGAAACCACUAAAAUUCACAUACACAGAAAUUGCAGCUGUCAGUGUGAGGACAACAGCAGACCUACAGGAAAGUACGUGGAUGAAACUUCUCUGGAUUCCAAGUGUUUCCAGUGUGAUGAGAAUAAAUGUCAUUUUGAAGAAGACCAACUUUCUUCCGAGAGCUGCAAGUCACACAGAGAUCAACCCGUUUGCAGUGGGCGAGGUGUUUGUGUUUGUGGUCAAUGCGUAUGUCAGCAAAUGAAGUUUGGAAAAGUAUAUGGAAAAUACUGUGAAAAAGAUGACUUUUCUUGUCCAUAUUACCAUGGAAAUCUGUGUGCUGGGCAUGGAGAGUGUGAAGCGGGCAGGUGCCAAUGCUUCAGUGGCUGGGAAGGGGACCGGUGCCAGUGCCCAUCAGCAUCAGUCCAGCAGUGUGUCAACUCGAAGGGCCAAGUGUGCAGCGGAAGAGGCACAUGUGUGUGUGGCAGGUGUGAGUGCACCGACCCCAGGAGCAUCGGCCGCUUCUGUGAACACUGCCCCACCUGCCAUACAGCCUGCAAGGAAAACUGGAAUUGUGUGCAAUGCCUUCACCCUCACAACCUGUCCCAAGCUAUUCUUGAUCAGUGCAAAUCGUCCUGUGCCCUCAUGGAGCAGCAGUAUGUGGACCAGACCUCAGAAUGUUUCUCUAGCCUGAGCUACUUGAGAAUAUUUUUCAUCAUAUUCAUAGUUACAUUCUUGAUUGGGUUGCUUAAAGUCCUCAUCAUUAGACAGGUGAUACUACAAUGGACUAGCAAUAAAAUUAAGUCCUCAUCAGAUUACAGAGUGUCAGCUUCAAAAAAGGAUAAGUUGAUUCUGCAGAGUGUUUGCACCAGAGCAGUAACCUACCGACGUGAGAAACCCGAAGAAAUAAAAAUGGAUAUCAGCAAAUUGAAUGCUCAUGAAACUUUCGGGUGCAACUUCUAAAAAACGAUCUUAAAAUAACUUUCUGCAAAACUGGAUUUUUUUAAAAAAAUAAUUGCUCCUAAAAUUUAUAAUUGUAAAAGUCACAGGAGGAGACAAAUUGCUCCAGAUCAUGCCGGGGCCGGUUGGACCCUCGAAUGAAGACCGACAGGCAUCCUCAUCAUCAUGUGACUCCCACAGCUGCUGAAUUUUCCAGAGAAAAAUGUGUCUUACUACUGUUUGAGACUAGUGUCUUUGUAGCACUUUACUGUAUUAUAUAACUUAUUUAGAUCAGCAUAGAAUGUAGAUCAUCUGACGAGCACUGAUUACACUUUACAGGUACCUGUCAUCCCUACGCUUCCCAGAGAGAGACAAUGCCGUGAGACUUUGGCAUUGUGUCACUACAAGGGUACAAGCCAUCCCCGCACCAAACAUGUGGAUGAGAAAAAUACUUAAACAGUGAUAUACAAAUGCUGCCAAACACUGCAAGCAUUGGUAGGUGACUAGACAAGAACAGCUAGAUGAAGAAAUGGUUAGCAUUUCACUCAGCCCAGAGGUGAACAGAUGGAACCUUAACUAAGGAUAUUGCUUUUGAAACUAGUUUCAUGCAUGUGUGUUUACGUUUCUCUUCUUUUUACAAGAUGGAUGUUGAUUCCAGCGUUCUCUCCUGAGUUGAUGUUUUGUUUUUCUUCCUUACAGGAUACAUUAAUAUUUAUCACAGAUGACUGGAUUAAAUAAGUGCUAAGUUACUACUGCCAUAGAAACCUAAUAAUUCAAGGUCACUUUAUUAGAAUACUGGUUUGAAAAGUUGAAUGUUAA